AUGGCGCACUGUAUCGCUGUGGGCACCACAGGUCCAAGCCUGGCGCACCACCUGGGCAUGGAGACGGGGCCGUGGGCGCUGGGCCGGGGUCCCGCCUACCCGCACCCCUACCUGGGGGCGCCGGCGGCGGCCAGCCCCACGGUGGGACUGCUGGCCGUGGCGCCCAGCACGCAGCCGCCCCUGCCGCCCCCGCAGCAGCUGCCCGCGCCACCGCCGCGCAGGCCGUCGCACCAGCCGCCGCCCCAGCCGCCCCCCGCCAGGACGCCUCCAACCGAAGACGCACCGCGGCCUCCGCCUCCACCGCCGCCCCCGACGUCGUCUUCGUCGUCGGCUUCUGCCUGUGGUUCUCCACCGUCGCCCGCCCCCGCGCCUGCGCCAGCGCACCAGCCGCAGCCGCCACCCCCACCCCCGCCUCCGGUCACGCUGCCGCCCCACCCGCUGCUGCAUCCACAUCACCCGCAGGCAUGGGCGGCGGCGGCGUUGUUCCUGCACGCGCCGCUGCUGCCGCCGUCGUCGCAGCACUGGCUGUACCAGCAGCUGUACGCGCCGCGCGCCCUGCUGCCCCUGGACGCCGCCAGGCGGCAGCUGCGGCACCACCACCAGCACGGCCCGCAGCAGCACGCGCACCAGCCGACGGCCUCCGACGACGGCGACAAGGCGGGCGCCGUCCCCGGCGCCAAGACGCCUUCCGCGGGCUCCUCGUCAGCCUCCGCCGGCGCCGUCUCGCCGGCCGCCGCCAGCACCGUCACCGCCAAGAGCUCCGGCAGGCACUCCGACGUCUGGAGGCCCUACUGA